AUGUGUGGUUCACCAAUCUCGGGUCCCCUGCUUGUGCUAUUCUAUCCAGCUAUUCUUGCUGUGGGUGCUAUGGAUUACAUCGGGAGGUUAGAUUCUCGGAUCAGAGCCAAUAAUGAAAAGGUGAGCCACAAGUGGCAACAAAAACGAAAAGAAUUCAAGACGCGUUUACUUUUCCGAAAGCAAAUUAAAGCAGAGAAUAAAUUGAAUAAGCAAUUGAAGAAAUUCAACCAAGGGAGUACUACUUCUUUGCAAGAUCACGACAAGUUGUUGAAUGAGUCAACUGAAGAUAUGGAAUGCAAGUUGGAUCAAGCCCAACAACAAACCGAGGAUGGAUCAACAACCAAUGAAGAAACUCAAGAAGAUGCCAUCUUAUUCGUUCAGAGAGCUGUUGUGAGAGGUGCUGCCAAUGAAUAUGAAAAAGCUCUCAAGGAUUUGGCAUUUGCACAAGAGUUGUAUCCUGCUUUGAAAGAAACUUAUAUUAUGUUGUAUUUGGAAGGGUUUUGCUAUGCUGCACUGGGUCAGUAUUUAGAUGCUGCACGCUCCUUUAAGAAAGCCAUUCAAAUGAAAGAGGAAAUGACCUCUGACAGUUUGGACAAAUGCUUAGAUGUAGAACGAAAGAUUUUUGAAAUCCAGACAGAGAUGAAACACACAUAUGAAAAAGCGUUGCAAUCGAUUGGAGAAUAUGCCGUGUCAACACGACAAUAUUUGCACAACACAAAAGAACAUUUGAAAAACAAGCUGUUGGGACGAGGAAGCAAGUCACAAACUUCUGAUUCAGCCUCACACACAACAGAUGUCGAGUCUCCUGCCACUGUUGAAAAAGACAAUGGCUCUCUUCCACAAUCACUGAUUUCAUUAGAAGAAUUGUAUUUUAGAGCUGGUGUUGCCUAUUAUUAUUGCGCCUACUACUCUGACUCGAUCACUUAUUACACAAAAGCGAUUGAACUUCUUUCACAACACCAGCAAUCGAAGGAGAGCAGCUCUCUGUUGGCAUCUUAUUACUACAAUAGAGGACUCUCAAAUUAUUAUUUCAGUGAAUUGGAUCAUGCUCUCAAUGAUUUCCUUAAUUGCACGAAAUUACAACAAAACAUUGAUGCUCUCAAAAUGAUUGCAGCCACUUAUGGAAGAAAAGGAUGUCUCACAGAGCAAUCUGAAUACAAGAAACAAGCAAAAAUGUUGAACCCACUCACAAAAUUUGUUUCUGUGUUUCACUAUCGGUUGCUCGAUGAAAAUUGCACACAUUUGGUCUUCUCCUAUUUACCAAUUUAUAGCCUAAUGCUUGUAGGAGGAACUUGUCGUUACUGGAGAGAAUUGGCCAUGCAAAAUUUGGGAUUUAGACCAUACUUUGAAAUUUCGUUUGAUAAUUUAAUUAAUAAUGUUGAGAAGCAGGUCGAGCGAGCAAAUCAUGCCUCACUGAAAGAGAAAUUAUUCUUACCAACUGAUCAUUACAAAUCAAGUGAUGACUUGUUGAGAGCUGUAUUGAAUGCAUCAUUCUUUGAUCUCUAUGUCAAGAAAGAGAACAAGAAAGUUAUCCUUAAAGAAUAUUCGAAACCUAACUAUUGCUAUCACUACGACGGGUCACCUUUUCACAGAUUCAUGGUCAAUGUUUCUUCAUUGCACAUUUGUUAUGAUUUACUCUUCUCAUCUUGUGUGAUUGACGAGUUAUUCCGAAAUAGUGUCCCUCCUUUGGAAGAGUUGGUGAUUUUUGGGGCUGAUAAGGAGUUCAUAUCCAUCUCUGACUUGCAUGCAUUAGAGUUUGCUCAGAUUGAUUUUACUCGAUUCACGAGUUUGAAAAAGUUGGUCAUUGAUGUCUGUGUAAUUAUAGAUGGUCCAUUCGACUCUUCAAGUGGAGAUACUGAUAGAACCAUCAAGCUUCCUGAAAGUAUGGAGAUUGUGGAGUACUGUGCAAAAUCCAAACCAUUUAUUCAACGUAUUGCAGAACACUAUCCAAAUUUCACAUUCAAAGAGCUAUAA